UUAAGGCUAGAUGUUGAUGAAGAAUGUGGCUGGAUACUGCCUUAAUCAGGCAAUCUUUCAAGUAAGUGAUUAAGAAGACGUCUUGGGUUCUGAGAUGGGCUGCCAAGGUUACCAGAACUUUUGUAAAAACAUGAGGUGCAGAGGAUAGUCCGAACAGCAGACCGUCGAACUGGAAGUGUUGUUGUUUCAUUUCUGAUCGGUUGGCUAGAAACCUGAAAUGGGAUAGCAGAACCGUAACAUGAAGGUGAAGGACCCUGCAGUAAAUAUAACUGGAUAUACUGAAAUAAUCCUGACCAUUUACUAACUAGACUUGUAUCUCCAUGGGAUUGGAGACUUGUACUGCAUGUGUACUUUACAAGUAUUUCCAAAUCCAAAAUGGUGCAUUACCUACUGAAUUUCUGCUUGAUCUUCUCGUUGGUGAAGACAACAUUUUCAAGAGAUGAAGCCGACUGUCACUGUGACUAUAUGGACUUCUGUGACUGCUCUUCAAUACAUUUACAUUCUAUUCCUUCCAUGCUGCCAAGAUAUAUAAAGGGUUUGGACUUAUCUAACAAUCUAAUUCAGACUAUAUCAGAUGAUGAGCUGAAGCCAUAUGAAAACCUCAGAGUACUUCGGCUAUAUCACAACGAAAUUCAUACUAUCAGCAAUAAUGCUUUUCAAACGCUAAGGAACCUUGAGGAAUUGGAUCUCUCAAAUAAUAACUUAUCCAACUUGACACCCACUUGGUUUGCCGGUUUGCCCAAGCUGACACAUCUGAACUUGCUGGGUAAUCACUACACAUCACUUGGUAAAACGCCUAUGUUCUCCUCUUUGCAUUCACUGCGGAAUUUAAGAAUUGGUAAUUCAGACUUUGUGGCCCUUGAUGAAAAAGACUUUGAUGGUGUGCUGAGCUUGGACGAACUCUACUUAAAUAUGUCACACCUCAUAAGUUAUACAAAAGGCGCUAUACAAUCUAUACAGCAUACAGGGCAUGUUACUGUUGCUGUAAAUUUAACUUUACUGCCAGAAAUAAUAAGUGAUCUUACACAUUCGGCUACCUGGUUAGAAAUUAGGGACACAUCGUUCUACAAAAAAGAGGAUUCAGAAGCCUUGGUGCUGCUUAAUGAUACAACAGUGAAAACGUUAAUGUAUAAAGACUGUUUAUUGACUGAUCUUAGUACAGCAAGGCUAGUCGAAAUUGUACAUACCUACAAAAAUGUUACCACUCUUGCCUUAGAGGACAGCGAGCUUUUGGGAACAGGAAAAGGUCUUCCUCAUCUGAAAGAUGAGAACUCCUCAAUAUCAACAAUUAUUAUUAAGAACCUGUACAUUCCUAAUUUUUAUCUCUUUACAGACUUCCAUUUUAUCUAUCAGAUGGUGCGUUCAAUUAAAAGUGUCACUUGCAUAAACAGCAAAGUUUUUUUAAUGCCAUGUAAUUUUUCCCGAUCCUUUAAGAAGAUGGAAUACCUUGAUCUGAGUGAGAACGUGCUCACUGACUUGUUUUUGGGAAGCUCGGCCUGUUAUUUUGAAGGCUAUGGAGCUUGGCCUUCCCUGCAAACCUUAAAUAUCAGCAAAAAUCUCUUAACUUCAUUAACCAAGGUUUCGAAUGCACUUGCAACGAUUACAACAUUGACAUAUAUUGAUGUAAGUCAUAAUAUGUUCGAUGACACCACUGGGUCAUCCUGCAGAUGGCCCAAGAAUCUGGCAUACUUAAAUAUUUCAAAUUGUAAGUUAAAACUAAUUGACAAUUGCCUUCCAGUCACCUUGGAGGUUUUGGAUGUAAGUGGAAAUCAUCUGGAAGAAUUUGCUUCUUAUUUACCAAGUUUGAAGGAACUCUAUAUGUCAGAUAAUCGAUUGGCCAUGUUACCCGUAAGAGCUUAUCUGCCAAGCCUAACAUUACUGGUAAUGAGGAAAAACAGACUCAAUGACUUUUUCACAUCAGAUUUAAGACACUUCCCAAAUAUGACUUCAUUGGAUGGAAGUGACAACAAUUAUUUCUGCUCCUGUCAGUUUGUGGAUUUUGCUAAGCACCAUAGCAAAAUUCUCCUAGGUUGGCCGGAAAAUUAUAUUUGUGAUUCUCCUUCUUCAGUACGAGGAAAUCAGAUUAAACAUGCACAUCUUCCUAUAUUAAUGUGCCAUAAAACAUUAGUUGUUACAUUGUCCUGCAUUGUUUCAUUAUUAGUUAUAGCCAUUGUUGUGUGGCUUUGCCACUGCCUUCAUUGUAUAUGGUAUGCAAACAUGACCUGGGCCUGGUUAAAAGCCAAAAGGAAGCCUUUAAAAGUAACAGAAAGAGAGAUUUCUUUUGAUGCAUUCAUAUCUUACAGUGAACGAGACUCUGAAUGGGUUGAGAAUAUGAUGGUACCACAGCUAGAAAAUGGAAAUCCCCCACUCAGAGUAUGUUUUCAUAAGCGAGAUUUUGUGCCUGGCAAAUGGAUAAUCGAUAAUAUCAUUGAUGCCAUGGACAGAAGCUACAAAACCCUGUUUAUCUUGUCAGAGCAUUUUGUUCAAAGUGAGUGGUGCAAAUAUGAGCUAGAGUUCUCUCACUUUCGUCUUUUUGAUGAAAACAAUGAUACUGCCAUUUUGGUUCUACUGGAACCCAUUGAGAAGUCAACCAUUCCAAAAAGAUUCUGUAAACUGAGGAAACUCAUGAACACAAAAACCUACAUUGAGUGGCCAACAGAAGAAGAACAACAACAUGUAUUCUGGGAUAAUCUAAAAGCAGCAGUGCAGCCAGAGGAGCAACCUGAGGAAUAUCCAGAGACAUGACCAACUCCUUAAAGGGGUACUCCGCUGCUCAGCAUUUGGAACAAACUCUUCCGAAUGCUGGAGCUGACGAUGGGAGCUCGUGAUGUCAUAGCUGUUGCCCCCUCAUGAUAUCACACCCCACCCCCUCAAUGCAAGUCUAUGGGAGGGGGCGCGACGGCUAUGACGUCAUGAGCUCCCGAUGUCGGCUCCAGCGUAGAAAAAUGACAAGUUAUCUGUACUCACCAUGUAAAGGAGAAGAGAAAUAUAUAUUUUGUUUAAAGUUAGUUUUGAUAGGAAAUGUCUUGUACAUGAAACACUUCCAAGAACACGAUUAAAAACACGAUUGUGUCAUACUGGGUGUCUAUCUAGUUCAGCCGGAGAAGGGAAAAGAUGUGGCAGAAUGCUAAAGGGGUGGAUAAAAGGGAAGAAAAAUAAAAUUUCUUUCUGACCCAGCUGGUGAUAAGAAUUCACAUUUACUAUUAGCGAAUAAAAGUAUUGACUUUACUUGUGUGUAUUAUAGACAAAAUGUGUAAUAUGUGAACAUUUAUAAAUUCUGUGAUGAUUUCACUGUGUAACAACAAAAAUGAAUGUAAUAUAAUUUGCUGAUGUACUAACACUAUAGGCAAAGCUGUAUGUGCCACUACCACCCAAUGGCAAGGUUUUUUUUUGUUUAAUAACUUUAAUGCAACUGCUGUUUCAGCUGCACUAGAACUUUAGGGGGGGAAAUUGUCCCCCUUGAUCUAGCAGAUAAUGACCCAUGCAGGAUUGCCCGUUACUAAGAAGUAUCUAUGCCAUGGAACAAGACAGACAGUAAUGUGUAUCAUAUACUGUACUGGGUGGGGAUUCCACAGCUUGUACCGGAGCAGCUCAUGUACCUGAGAGGACAGUACACUAGGUCCCAUACUGUACACUAAGUCCUGGGAAGCCUCUACAGACCACUAUAUUGGGCCAGGAGGAAAAGAUGGAUUGGGAAUUCCCUUAAUCAAAGAUGCAAAGUAGAACUGUAGCAUUGUCUAUAGGUGACAGCAGUGGGUGCUGAUGGACACCUAUACAUUAUAUGACACCUGGUCACAACCUACGUAAUACUAAGCAGGGUGACCUAGGUGAUGAGGUAUAACAGAGCAUCAGAAAAAAAGGUAUUUGGUUCAGCACACAUAUUCCAUAAAAUAUUCAAUCUUUGUUUCUUUAAUGGAGUGACAUAGGGUGAUAGGACACAUAGAGGAUGACAAGAAGUGUAGGGUAAAACAGGCGAGCAAUAGGGUCAUUGGGAUGACAGGGUGAUGGAGGGUGGCAUUGGCUGAGAGGGUAUAAUAUAUAGUGACCUAUCAUGGGGAGGGUGGCAGAGGAAAGUGAUGGAGCAGAACCAGCUGCCAAAACCAUUGGACCUGGGUACUGCACUGCAAAUACGCAGCAAUUCUGCUAUGUUUGGACAGAGCAUUGAGUGAAUCCACACAGGUCAACAUUUUGUAGACUUUACUUGUAGACGUGCAGAUACAGCAUUGUCAUUCUGUUAUGGAUUUGAUUUAGAUUUCCCCACCUUCAAGACAUGGAUGAGAAAUCUAUGGAGAAUCUGCACCUCAAUCCACUUCUGACAAGAUCCACAUGGGUAGCUCCUAAUUGUUGAGUCAAUGAAAACUGCAUGAAAAUCCUAAUAAAGAUCUCAGCAGAGAAAGCCACUAGGAUUCAUCCUACAUGUUGGGAACAUGGGAUUGUCAGAGCAUUAUAUGUUAAUCAGAUUAAAACUAUCAUUUGUCAUAUAUAGUGUAUGCAGUGAUCCCUCAACUUACAAUGGCCUCAACAUACAAUAUUUUCAUCAUAUAAUGGUCUUUUCUUGACAUUGUAACUUGAAACCAGACUCAACAUACAAUGCUACAGACAGUCCAGAUCUGUGAAACGUGUCAAUGGCUGAAAGAACUGACCAAUCAGAAUGGACAUUGACUGAUAAAACACCUGUAUUACUGAAGUGCAUGCACUGACUGGCUGUCUGGUAGCGCCCCCUACAGUACAGGGAGGUAUUACAUUUUCUGUAUUACUCUUUACCUGUGUCAGGGUUAGCUGCUCCUUUGGACACCAGGCGAGGAUGGCUUCAUUUUACUUUUUUAGGACUUUGCGUGUACUGUACAGGACCCUGAAGAAGUUCCUGUCCUCUACAUACACAGUGAUUUACAGCUCCCAGCAGCUUUUGCUUAUGUUUAUAUGUAAGGACUUACUUUAUCUGUAUUAGCUAUCUACUUAUUUUUCUUUAAUAGUGUUGAGCGGCAUAGGCCAUAUUCGAAUUCGCGAAUAUUCGCGAAUAUAUGGACGAAUAUUCGUCAUAUAUUCGCGAAUAUUCGCAUAUUCGAAAAAUUGGCAUUUUAUUUUCGCAUAUGUAAAAAUUCGCGUAUGCGAAAAGUUAUAUAUGCGAAAAUUAGCACAUGCGAAAAUUAGCAUAUGCAAAUUUUCGUAUAUGCGAAAAUUCGCACACCAGUCUCACACAGUAGUAUUAGAGCCUUCUUUACACCACACAAGCUGGAAGCAGAGAGGGAUGAUCACUGUGAUGUGUACUGUGAAAAAAAAAAAAAAACGAAUAUUCGUAAUUACGAAUAUAUAGUGCUAUAUUCGCGAAUAUUCGCGAAUAUGCGAUAUUCGCGAAUAAAAUUCGCAUUGCGAAUAUUUAUGAGCAACACUAUUCUUUAAUCCUCACUUUUUCCUAUUUUUGGAUGACAUUUUGGUGGCUUCAGAACCAAUUACCAGAUUUCCAUAGAGUUAUCAACAUACAUGUCUCAACAUACAAUGGUUUCAACAUACAAUGGUCAUCCUCAAACCAAUUAAUAUUUUAACUUGAGGGACCACUGAAUAUAUAUUUAUAUUGUGUGUGACACACCCCUCCCUAAGCAGUGGAUUUCAGAAUGAGUGAGCAUCAGAACAGAGGGAUUAGUGAGCCAAAUAGCUAGACAUAAAAAAGAUACAGUAUGUAAAGCAUCUGCAUGACAUAGUGAGUAACAUAUAUAAGCAUUAUUUUUUUUCUGUGAUAUGACAUGUACACUUUAAAGCACAUGGAGACAUGAUUAGAAGACUUUGGCUUUGCUAGAAUCUCUGAUAAUGUUUAAUAUCUCUUUGUUAAGUCAGACAUUGAUUUACAGGGUAGGUGUAGUAGGCAGAGAAUUGAGUAAGUGUGGACUACUGGGUUAAGGAUACUCAGCUGGCUGGUGGUAAGUUCAUGACGCCAGAAGUGUGGUAUUCACAGGUAUGUGUGGUGAGGAUGGUGGUGGUAGUCCUGCAGACACAGUUCACUUACCACAACUCCAACUGAAGCAGUCAGCGGUAUCCAAGUUUCCAAUUAAAUGGCAGGGUCAUAAUACAGAGGUGACAGUUCAGUUAAUGGAGACAAGGUUACCGUAAUCUGGUUACACAGGUGCAGAUCAAACUUAGUGGAAAGCCACAGUUGCAGUUUACUGGAAUUUGUGGAACUUGUAGUACUAGUGCAUACAAUCUAGACAGACUUUACACUGAAUGGUGACACCUACGAUUUAUUGGGUGUAAGCCUUGAUGCCGCUUCUUGAGAGCAUUAGAUAGAGGGGCCCAAGGCACAAGUCUGUCAUAAAGAUGGAUACCCACACCCUGAUCCAAUUUGUUAAAGGGCCCAUCAGAUGUAUGCUAUUGUCCCUAAAGAGCCUCUUGAUGACUUGACUUUACCUUGGCGGCGGGAUUCGUGUGAAAGAAGUCCAGCUACUCUGGAACAAGUGGACAACAAUUGACGCCUACUUUCAUUGGGUAUUCGAACAGGAGACUGCAGCUGGCGGUGUUUCUUUACCUUUGGCUAAAGCCAGACUGAACUAACUAAACUGGACCCCUCCCUGUCCAAGGAGACUAGGGUAGAGGCAGGGCUGAGGAUUGAGGACUGCUACCAUGGCUAUUCACUAGUUCUUAAAGUGGAAAACAAUUAACUCUUACACAGCAGUUAAAGGAACAGGAGCAGAAAAUGCUGAAAAACACAAUAAUUUAGACAUUUUUUUUAUCUCAGAAGAAACUAAAACUCAGAUUAGGAUGUAAGACAGGCACCUCGGGGGUAACAACCACCCAAAAAGAGCUCGGGUAGUAAAGGUGUUCCUGGUCUGGGACACCACAUAGGUACUCAUGGUUGGCACUAGAGAGACUUUAGAUUUCCCGUAGCAGAAAUUUUGUGCUGAUUAAUUUCAUUCAUUUCUUUGUAGAAGAUAGUACUCCGUUUUCAUGGUAUGGUUCAAAUCCCCCAAUGCCCUUCACACAGCUAUAAUGUUAAAAAAUAAAAUGAGCUGAUAGGCACAACUAGGGGAUCCAGGUUGGGGAGUGACUCUACAGAAAAAUGGAAUACUUGACGUCUGGUUUUUCUAAGGAUUACAGUUGGUCACUGGUGGCUCCACACCCUGUGAUCGGUUUAUAGAGUAACUUUUCUAACAAUGUAUCUCCAGCAUCAGAAGGUAAUUUUGACUGGAUUUCCCCUUUUUAUAAUGUUUUAUAAUGCUACAGGCACAUUCAGUGUUUAGCAACCAUGCAAACAAGAGUUCCUAUGUUUAUAUAUGGUAUGACGCAACCUGUUCUAAUCCGGAUAAAUAUAAUUUGCACUUAUGUGUGUUAUCUUGUUA